CCCCAUUUUCAUCAUGGGUCGGAAUCUUCCUGCCCGGAACCAUUGCCUGUAGACACUGUAUUAGUCGUGAAUUUUAGCUAUAAGCACAGCGUUACCACGAGUGUGUAAACAAACAGGUGAGCUACAGUUAGCUCGUUAGUUUGUUGGACACGCUUCCCUCAUAAACUUGGAUGGUACACGGUACUUUUGGACUUAGGAUGGAGAUAUUUGGAAGCACGUUUGACGACUCGAUGUUCUCGGAGGCGAAAGACAGAGUCCCGGCGUGUCUGUCGUCUUAUAACGCCAAAGUGUGCGAACCAGAGUGGUUUUGCGAGAGCGCUGCUCUCGAUACAGAUGAUUCUUUGGAGAGGCAGAAAGUCUAUAAGUUCAGAGGCGACUUGGCUGUGAGACAAGGGAACUAUCAGAAAGCCUUGGAUGCAUACCACAACUGUCUGGAGUGGCUCGCUGACAACAACCUGACCAUCAGAAGAGAUGUGCUGGAGGGAAUGGCUCGAUGCUGCACCAAACUGGGACAGAGAGACAAGGCGCUGGACUUUGCUGAUUUACUGAGCAAAGAAGCCUCCAACACCUGUCACCUGACCAGCCUCCUGCUCCUUAAGGUCACCAUAUACCAGCAUUUUGGAAGCGUAAGAUCCAAGAUGUCGUCUCUGCAGCAGCUGUGUGGCCUGCUACCCUUCAACCCCUGGAACUGGUACAACCUGGGACAGAUGUGUCUGCAGCUGCUGGAGGGCAACAGGACCAUGGGACAGUGUUCAGCAGAGGUGCAGAGUAAUGGAGAGACUGAGGAACAACAGGACGAGGCCACAGAGCUUGACGAGGAUAGAAUCUGGCUGAAAGCUUGUACCUGUUUCAUCAGGACGAGACUCCUGUUGAGAAUCCUUCGGCAGCAGCAGUCCUCCUUUGUUCUGCAACGCAGUGAAAACGUCCUACAGAGCACAGAUGAGGUGUUGCAAAGGCUAAAUCCUAAAGAAACAACCCUGCAGACUCUCACCGAGGUGAUGUCAGAGGACCUGAUCCCAGAGAAGAUGAGGGAGGACUACCAAGACGGGGAGAGUCUGGCCAGUGUGCAUUUACAAAACUUUAGGGAGCGCUGGUGGAACAAGAUCUUACUGACUGGAGUGCUAGAGACUGAUGGCGGUCAUCAUCAGGCACAGACAGACACAAAGUCCUGAUACUCCAGUGAUGCCUGUUUACAGAGAAGUUGUCAGACAGGAAGAGACUGAAGAAGAUGCAGGAGAUGGCUCUGUCACAGCGUAGAGCCGUCAAAGAGGAACAACAGACUGGACGAACUGAAACAACACAUUGAUAUCACAAGUCCUCAUACGCGCAGGACAUGUACAGGUCAAAUUCUAACUUUCAAUGCUGACAAUCUCAAAUACAGUAUUUAAAGGUAAUGUAACCUUAAAAUGUAACAGAAUGAUUCAUGUACGCCUCUUCCAGCAAACAGACAAUUGCACAUCGAAUGUAAUCAGUAUAACCUACAUUAUCAAACAAACGAGACAUCAUUCUCAUGUUUCAUCCACUUCAUACUGUGAUUUAUGUUCUGCAUUAAGACAGGAAACAAAGUGAGACCAUUUUAAAGUCUUUUAAUGCUCUGCCUGAAAUGUAACAAAAAUGCCUUAACAUGUUAUAUAGAACAUAUCUUAAAAACAAAUGUAUUAAAAUAAAAUUGUGUUUUUUUUGGUGAAAUACUCUCAUUUCACUCAUAGGAGUGCAUUUCUAUUGUAUAAUCUAAAUGAGCCAGUCGUUAUCGUUAA